AUGGAACACUGGUUUCGGUCAAACCAGACCACUUCCUAUGGCGCGCGUCCCGAACAGCUUGAUCGUGAGAUCCGUGAAGAUCCUAGCCAUCAUAUUGUCCUGUCAACUCAGGAUGACCUGCCAAUGGCUCUGAACUUCUUUUUGGAGGCUAAAAGUCCUGAUGGAUCCCUUGCUGUUGCUACACGACAAGCAUGUUAUAAUGGCGCACUGGGAGCGUGCGGCAUGCAUCCUCUACAAUCUUACCAGCAACACGGACGGACCUUCGAUAACAAUGCUUACACGAUGUCAGUGAUUUAUCGUGGUGGUAUACUCAAGCUAUACACUAUCUUGUCAGCGAGUCUGGGAGAUCAGAAUCGACCCCGGGGCUUUGUGACCAGACUCAAUGCUUGGGGCAUGACUAGGAACUUUGGAGACCUUUUCGACAAGGAGCAUCGACAUACCGAAUUGCUUGAGACUGCGCAAACGAACAUAGGGUUGAAUGUGGAGAAGAAGUACCUUGGGGAAAUCCCAAAACGACGGAGAUCCGCGCCGGCGAGUCCCUUGGUACAGCCGGUGAUGCAGCCAGCCAAACUGGUGAUAAGGCCCACAGGCUUCCAAACUGAAGCCAUUCCCGGUGCUGAGGGUCUCCAUGCGGGAGAGUGUCAUGUGCGGCCCUGCCAAACCUUUGUAAAUGCUAAGACAAAGGGCCACUCUGCUGGGAGCCAGUUGUACUGGGCAGAAACCGCAAGGGUUGCUUCCAAUGAUAUCCGCUUCUUCCAUGGAGAUGACCAGAACAAAGUCCCAACGAGCCGUUCCGUAACGAGCAGUCAAUAG